AUGCCACUCCCGUCGAAUCCAGGUAGCUCGAUCAUUGAAUUCGAACUGGGCUCUUCGUUUGCCAAUGAGAUCAGCUUCAUGUCUGGAGAGCCCCGUUUCCUUCCCCAGGCAGCCAUCGCAGACAGUGUGAACAUUGAUCUUUCUCUUGUAUGGAAGCAUAUGGGACCAAGCUGCAACGUAGCAGGACCCAGGAUCCUCGGUGAAGAAUCGAACCCGGGAAAUCCGGGUGGUUUGAUCCGCACAGCAGACGCAUAA